AAUGGCGUCGAAUGGUAAAGAGAGGAAAAAGACAAAGAAGAAAAAGGUUGCUUUUGAAGUUACAAAAGAUGAAGAAAUAAGAGAUGAAAGACCAAGGAAGAAGAGCGUAAAUACAUCUCAUGGUUUAGAUAAGAAGAGAGGAAUCAAAAAACUUCAUCGUCAUUUAACUACUGAUCCAAAAGAUGUUGAUUAUUCCCUUUCUGUUUGCUUUCAAUGUAAUGCCGGUCAAUUUACUCAUGCCGAUGUUUACAAAAUGGCUAAAGAACGUUUAGACCGAACGAAUUCCGAUCCAAAGAAAAUGAAAAUCAUUUAUGAACCUCGAAACGUUAUUUUAGGUUCUAAAGAUCACGAUGAUCGUUGGAUAGUUACGGCAUCGGAUAUAAUGAUGAAAAGGCAUUUUAUGAGGGGUUUUCUUUGGAAAGAUCAACCGGUAUUUGUAAGGAAAUAUCAAGAAAUACUCGAAGAAGAAUGGAAAGCUUGCAAAAAGAUGCAUUUAUCGUCAAAGAUAAUUAAAUCAGUCGUUUUAAAGACCGAGCUAACUCUUCAUCAAGACGAUUAA